CCGCAGCCGAUGUAUCGGUGGUUGAAGAAUGGCGACCCGGUGGGAGAGUUCGAAACCAGUCAGUAUCUCAAGAUACAGACCACAUCGAGGGAGGAUGCCGGAUCGUAUCAGUGUCUGGCCAAGAACGACGCCGGAACGAUAUUCAGCGAGAAGAUUGACGUCGUGGUGGCAUACAUGGGCGUCUUCGAGGACCUGACGGAGCAGGUCGUCUCGGUGCAGUCGGGCUAUCCGGCCAUUUUGAACCUUUCCCGGAUAGAAUCGGUUCCGGCCCCCUCGGUGACGUGGCAAACUGAGGACGGACCGUUGAACUACGACAUCAAGUACGCCGUUACGGCUAGCAAUCAGCUGAUUAUCUUGAGUGCCGACGAGAACGAUAUGAAGUCGUACCGAGCGAGGGCUAUCAACACGCAGAUUGGGCGGGAAGAGAUCAGUGCGUUCAUUCGGGUCAAUGUGACCGGGAAUGCUUAUGCGGAGGUGGCUCCAGAGAUUGUUGUGGAGCCGAAAAGUAUGAAGGUGGUUCGGGGAGAGAAUACGGUUCAGCUGGAGUGUAUUGCCAAUGCAAGGCCGUUGCACGAGCUGGAGACGAUUUGGUUGAAAGAUGGAAUUCCGAUUGAUAAUUCGGGGGUGGCUUACGCCCACACGGAUCCCUGGAAUCGGACACUGGCGCUGUUGUAUGUGAAUUUGACGCAUACCGGACAGUAUACCUGUCAGGUGCAAAUGAGAACCGGGGGACAUCCGGUGGUGCAUUCGGUGGCCUCGGUCACAGUUCAGGAACCCCCAUCGUUUUUUACCCCGUUCCGGACGGAAACUUUGGGAGAUUAUGGCGCGAGAACGGUGCUUCCGUGUGACGUUAUUGGGGAACCGAUUCCGUAUGUGACGUGGUUCCGGAAUGCUGAGGCACUGGAUCUUUCUACCGAUAGGUAUACGGUGAUGGAGGAUCAUUCGUUGGUCAUAAAAAGGCUCAGCAUGGAGGAUUCGGCCAUGUUCCAGUGUUUGGCGAGCAACGAAGCCGGGGAGAAGUCCAGCUACACUUGGUUGAAAGUCAAAAAAGAUAACACAACAUCGACCGUCACCCCAUCCGUUGUGGUGAAACACCUAAUCCUUUACAAUCAGUUCACGCGUAACAAGCGCCUAGCGCAGCCACGAAUCAUCCGGCUUCGAAAUUCCGGAUCCGGUGGUUCCGAUCUGGCCACCAUCGACGACACUGACACAUCUGGAUCUGCAUCCGACUACACCAACAGCAACAACAGCAACAGCUUAGGCACCGGAAGCAACCAAAGGGGUCGCAAAAAGACGGCGACUUCCGGUGGUUCCGGGGCACGUGCCGGAGACUUCACGUUUGACCUUAGACCCUCCGUUCCGAUCAUGGAACAGCCACCGGCUAACCAAACCGUUCUGGACGGGAAGGACGCCACGAUGAACUGCCGAGCCGUGGGGGCACCAACCCCGAACAUAACCUGGAUUUUCAACGAAUCCCAAGGUAUCGAACUGUCCGGCCGCAUUCAGAUUCUCGACUCCGGAGACCUUUUGAUCUCGAACGUCCGUGAGUCAGAUGCUGGUUUGUAUACCUGCGUCCGAGCUAACGAAGCCGGUAUAGUUACUGGAGAGGCCUAUCUCGGGGUCAUGGUGCGAACCCAAAUCGUGCAACCUCCAGCGGAUACGACCGUCCUCUUAGGUCACACGGCAGCCUUGCAGUGUAGAGUGUCCUCGGAUCCGACCGUUCCGUACAACAUCGACUGGUACCGGGAGCCACAGCGGCAGCCUAUCAAGAAUAGCCAACGGAUAGCCGUCAAAGCCGAUGGAACGCUGGAGAUCAUCGAGGUACGACCCUCUGAUGUGGGUCAGUACUCGUGUAUUGUUACCAGCCCGGGAGGAAACGAAACUCGCUCGGCUCGGCUUAGCGUGGUGGAACUUCCGUUCGCACCGACCAACGUUAAGGCCGUCCGGCUGAUCAAGGGAACCCAGCGAGCGAUCAACGUCUCCUGGACUCCCGGAUUCGACGGUAACAGUGCGGUGCUGAAGUUCAUCAUUCAGAAGCGUGAGGUUCCCGAACUAGGCCCUCUUCCGGAUCCACUGCUCAACUGGGUCACCGAACUGAGCAACGUAUCGGUAGGGUCCCGCUGGAUCUUGCUUUCCAACCUGAAGGCCGCCACUGCUUAUCAGUUCCGGGUUAGCGCCGUCAAUAAAGUAGGCGAAGGAUCACCCUCGGACCCUAGCAAUGUCAUCAAGCUACCACAAGAAGAUGAACUUAGGAGGAGACUUCCUUCUCCACCUUCGGGUCCACCGGUAGGGUUCGUCGGAUCGGCUCGAUCGUCUUCGGAGAUCAUCACCCAAUGGCAACCGCCGCUGGAGGAGCAUCGUAACGGAGCGAUCUUGGGAUACAUCAUUCGGUACCGUUUGUUCGGCUACAAUGCCAGUCCCUGGAACUACCGAAACAUAACGAACGAAGCUCAGCGGAACUAUCUGAUCCAGGAACUGAUCACCUGGAAAGACUACAUCGUGCAGAUCGCUGCCUACAACAAUAUGGGAGUUGGAGUUUAUACCGAGGGUGCCAAGAUCAAAACGAAAGAAGGAGUUCCGGAAGCUCCUCCCACGAAUGUGAGGGUGAAACCUGUGAAUUCUACCGCUAUUAGGGUAUGGUGGAAACCUCCAAACCCUCAACAGAUCAAUGGUAUUAAUCAAGGGUAUAAAAUACAAGCCUGGCGCUACGAGAUCAUCGAUGGUGAAGAACACGAAACGGAAGCUAAGAUGAUGACGGUACCUCCAAGUUUGCUAGAUCCUCUGGCUGAACAGGACACAGUCAUGACAGGACUGGACAAGUUUACUGCUUACAAUGUGACGGUGCUGUGUUUCACUGACCCUGGAGAUGGAGAACGAAGCUACCCGAUUGAGGUGAAGACGAAGGAAGAUGUUCCGGACGAGGUCAGCACCCUACAGUUUGACGACGUCUCCGAUCGGGAGGUCAAAGUGAUGUGGACCCCACCUAAGCAGAUCAACGGCAUUUUGACGGGAUACAAACUCAAAUAUCAGAUAAAGGACAAACCGGAUACGUUGAAGAUUUUCAACAUAAGCUCCGAUACGACAAGCUUCAAGGUGAUCAACUUGAUCGCAACCACUCACUACUGGUUUGAAGUAACGGCUUUGACAGCUAUCGGUGCUGGAGUUCCAAGAACCGCAACAAUACAGUCGGGUGUUGAACCGGUCUUACCUCAUCCACCUUUCCAGUUGGCUUUGUCCAACAUCGAAGCCUUUUCGGUGGUCAUCCAGUUCACACCCGGCUUCGACGGUAAUUCCUCGAUCACAAAAUGGACCGUGGAAGGUCAAACGGCACGGAAUCUAACCUGGUUCACGGUGUACGAAGUUCACGAUCCGGAUGCUUCAACGCUAACAGUAACCGGUCUUACUCCUUUCACACCUUACCGUCUAAGAAUAAUCGCGUGGAACGUAGUCGGACCCUCGGAACCAUCUGAACCGACCAAGGACUUCCAAACGAUUCAAGCUCGCCCGAUGCAUCCCCCGUUGAACGUCACUGUUCGUGCUAUGAGUGCGACGGAGCUACGCGUACGCUGGAUCCCCUUACAGCAAACCGAAUGGUUCGGAAACCCCAGAGGUUACAACAUCACCUACAGAAAUGUGAAUGAGAAAUCCAUGAUGUCGGCCUUCAACGUGAUCAUCGAAGACCCGACGGCUAAUUCACACGUUCUGGAUAGUUUGGAGGAGUGGUCUGUCUACGAGAUUUUCAUGAGCUCGGUCAACGAAGUUGGUCAAUCGAACGAGAGCCCACACGCGUUUGAACGAACUCGAGAAGCUGUACCUUCGUUUGGACCCUUGGGAGUUGAGGCGAAUGCCACUUCGUCUACCACGAUAGUUGUUAAGUGGAGCGACGUUCCGAAGGAACAUCGCAAUGGUCAGAUCGAGGGGUACAAAGUUUUCUACGGAUCAGCUGGAAGGACUCAGGUGCUACAUAAGACGAUCGCUACGAAUUCGACUUUUACGACUACUCUGACGGAGUUGAAGAAAUUUGUUCAAUACGACAUCCAAGUUCUGGCCUACACUCGACUGGGAGAUGGUGCCUUGAGUACUCCACCGGUGAGGGUUCAGACCUUCGAGGAUACUCCAGGUGCUCCGUCGAACGUUUCCUUCCCGGAUGUUUCGUUCAGUAUGGCUCGGAUCAUUUGGGACGUUCCGGAAGAACCAAAUGGAGAAAUUCUUGCCUAUAAGGUUACUUACCUGUUAAACGGUUCAAUGAGUCUUAACUUCAGUCGGGAGUUUCCACCAUCGGAUAGAACCUUCCGGGCGACUCAGUUGCUAGCUGAACGCUACUACUUGUUCAGCGUUACUGCACAAACUCGCUUAGGUUGGGGUAAGACUGCCGCAGUUCUGGUCUAUACAACCAACAAUCGGGAAAUCCCUCAAGCUCCCUCAUCGCCUUCGAUAUCCAGGUCUCAAGUGCAAGCGGAACAAAUCACCUUCAGCUGGACUCCGGGACGCGAUGGCUUUGCUCCGCUAAGAUACUACACGGUUCAGUACCGUGAAAACGAAGGUCCCUGGACAGUUUUCCCUGAACGGGUGGACCCCUCGGUUACUUCUUAUACCGCUAUUGGGCUGAGGCCACACACCCUUUACCAGUUUAGGAUACAGGCAACCAAUGACAUUGGACCGUCCGCCUUUAGCCGCGAAAGUAUUGAGGUUAGAACGCUACCUGCUGCUCCCUCGGAAGGAAUUACUGGACUUAAGGUUGUCCCGAUCACUACGACUAGUGUUAGAGUUCAGUGGAAUCCGUUAGGGAAAAACCUGUGGAAUGGAGACGCUACAACUGGAGGAUACAGAAUUCUCUAUCAACCGAUCUCCGACUUCCCAUCUACGUUACAAAGCACCCCGAAGCUGGACGUAAUCGGCGUUGAACAGGAAUCGGCAAUUCUCAAAGACCUUACCCAGGAUCGGAACUACGAAAUCAUCGUUCAACCCUUUAACUCACAAGGUUCGGGACCUCCGACACCUCCGGUUGCUGUCUACGUAGGUGAAGCCGUACCAACAGGAGAACCUCGUGGUAUUGACGCGGCCCCCGUGUCAUCAACCGAAGUUCGCCUCCGCUGGAAAGCUCCCCAACAGAGCAUGCAAAACGGAGAACUCCUUGGCUACAAAAUUUUCUACCUGGUCACCGACUCACCCCAGGAGCUGGAAGAGGGUCGCAAGCAUGAGGAAGAGAUCGAAGUGGUGCCGGCCUCCUACACCUCCCACAGCCUGGUCUUUCUGGACAAGUACACCGAGUACCGGAUUCAAAUACUGGCCUUCAAUCCGGCUGGCGAUGGUCCUCGUUCGGCACCAAUUACGGUAAAAACUCUUCAAGGCCUUCCGGGAGCCCCCAUUGGCCUAUCCUUCUCGGACAUCACCAUGAACAGCCUCAAGGUCAGCUGGGACGCGCCGAAGAAGCGCAACGGCGAAAUUCUCGGUUACAUCGUAACCUACGAAACAACCGAAGACAACGAGAAGUUCAGCAAACAGGUCAAGCAGAAGGUGUCCGGAACGAGUUUGAUCAUCCAAAAUCUGGAGGAAGAGGUUACGUACACCUUUACGGUGCGGGCUCAAACGAUCGAUUAUGGGCCGGCAACUAGUGGAAACGUUACUACCGGGCCGCAGGAAGGUUCUCCGGUAUCGCCGCGGGAUCUGAUGCUGUCCAAAUCGCAGGCCAGCGUCGAUCUGGCCUGGAUGAAUGGGCCCUCCGGCAAGGGACCCAUCCUAGGGUUCUACAUCGAAACGAAGAAGCGAGAUAUGCAACAUUAUUACAAUUACGACUCCCGCUGGGAAACAGUAGCCCGGACAACCAAUGGUCCCAUCCAAGAGUUCACCGUCAGCUUCCAGAGUUUGCUGCCCUCGACGUCGUACAAGUUCCGGGUGAUCGCCUACAACCGGUACGGCAUCAGCUGUCCGGUCUACUCGGAGGAUGCCAUCCUUACGCCAUCGAAGCUGUACCUGGAGUACGGCUAUCUGCAGCAGAAACCCUUCUACCGACAAACCUGGUUCAUGGUGGCCCUGGCUGCCACCUCGAUCGUGAUCAUCAUCAUGGUGAUCGCGGUGCUUUGCGUCAAAAGCAAAAGCUACAAGUACAAACAAGAAGCCCAGAAAACUCUCGAAGAGUCCAUCGCCAUGUCGAUUGACGAGCGGCAAGAGCUGGCGCUGGAGCUGUAUCGAUCCCGCCACGGGGUUACCAGCAACAAUGGUACCCUCACAACCAACGGGGGAACGCUGGGCCGAAGAACCGGUACCAUUUUGGGUAGCCGGAAGCCACAAACUUCGGCAGCUGCGGCGGCCUCCCUAGGGAAAUCUCCACCUCGGCCUUCGCCGGCCUCGGUAGCCUAUCACAGCGACGAGGAAAGCUUGAAGUGCUACGACGAAAACCCGGACGACAGUAGCGUUACCGAGAAACCCUCGGAAGUGAGUUCCAGCGAUUCGCAGAAGCUAGAACAGUUGGAAGCGGCUUCCGAAAGCGAAAACGAAUCGGUCCGAUCGGAUCCGCACUCGUUCGUGAACCACUACGCCAACGUGAACGACUCGCUGCGACAGUCCUGGAAGCGGCAGAAACCGGUCCGCAACUACUCGAGCUACACCGACUCGGAACCGGAAGGCUCGGCGGUGAUGAGCCUAAAUGGCGGGCAGAUCAUCAUGAACAACAUGGCCCGAUCGCGGGCCCCACUUCCCGGCUUCAGCUCCUUCGUAUGACCGCACGCUUCGGCUUCCUGCGAGGGCAUGCUCGAUGAGCUGGAGGGUCGUUUGAAAGAUCGGGGGGUCCACCAUCACCAUUGUCAUCAUCAUCACCACGUGGCGUUGGCGAAAAGUUCGGCGACGACCUUGGCGGGUUCGGAAGAUGACGAUGAGGGUAUUCCGAAAUUUGGUGGCUCUCCGGCCCGGAUUAAAGCUUUAUGUAACGGGGGAGUGUUGAUGAUGAAUGGGAAAGGCGGCGGAGUGGCUUUUGUCGGUGGAUCUUCCGGAUUGCCGGGACUAGCCGGAAGCAAAAGUGACAACCAGCUUUCCUGAUAGGAGUCCCGGAUGAUGGUGGCGCUGCUGCCCCGAGGAGACACUCCGGGGACAAAUGGCAAAGUCCAUCCGGCCGCCACCAGUAGCUGUAAGAAACAUGUUUGUGAUAAAAAAGUUUUACAAUUGAGAAUUUAACCGUGAGGAAACUUUUAGCAUGUUUGUGAACGCUCGUCGGGUGAGAAUGUUGUAGGUAGUUUAAACUUUAAGUAAGUAAGUGAGGAAAGGUGGGAACAUUCUUCGGGAAAAUUCUACCAAAAGCGGUUUGAAUGAGGGUCUUAGUGUAAUUUUCGCGCUAGCGUUUAGGAACUAUAUCAUAAUCAUAAUCAAAAAUGUGACUGAUUUUUAUUAUUCUUUACUGUAGAAUAUUUCAAUUUAGUUUUGUACUACCUAACUACUUGAGCGCUGCUGGUUCGAAAUUUCGCGAGCCAGACUGCUCCCCAAAACGAUUAAACUUAAGGACUCUGUGUAGAGCUAAUGACCUACUUACGACGAGCUAGAGAAAUUUUCGGAAGAAACGUUCAUUCCCUGAACAAUUCGAAAUAUUAGAAGUGGAAUCAACGUAAAGCUUAAGGUAGGAUUUAAAGAAGAAGAAAACUAUGGAAAAUCAUGUUAAAAGUUAGAACGAUGCAAUGCUGUUGUGUACAAUACUAUAUAAGGGUACGAGAAAAAAAAACUGUUAAGAGGAACGUGUAAAAUUUUAACUACUAGUAAUUGAGCCAUACAAUUUUACAUUCACUGACGAAAAAGAGAUGUUCAAAAUAACACGAAAGUCUCGAUAAAUUUGUAAGAAAGCUUAGAUAAAAGGAAAAGUUAAUCAGAACAAAAUAAGAGGUGGUGCAAUACAGCGCAGGUUAGGGACAAAAUUCUUACACAGAACAGAACUAUUAUUCGAACGAUCUCAAAAACUCUAAUACAGAAAGAAGGGUUUAUUAAAGUGAAGAGCACAAAUUUUUGUAUAAAUACCUACCGUAAAACUGCCCAAAACUAACCACCAAUAAGUAAUUAAUCAAUCGAUCCGAUCAACUAACCACCAGGAACAAUUUUAGGGCCGGAACUGUACUUACUUACAUUAUGGUUUUUUGUUUUAACUUUUUGGGAAGUUAAAAAGUUCCCUAAACUAUGGUUUUAUCUUUGAGACUAGAUGAGAUUACGAGGGUAAUUCCUCGAAAAAUGAUUUUUUAUUGAUGUUUUGUGUUUCACCGUUUCAGUUUUUACUUGUUUCUAUGAAAUACCUACAUAUAGUAUUGCUGGCUUAUUUUUCGGGGUGAUAGAAUUUUUUGAUUCAGAACUUCAAACUGGUAACUCUGGAUUUUUGAAUAAGAACUAAGAAAUUGUAAUUCUGAAACCAUCCAUCAGAAACCAAAAUCAGCUUUUAGAUUGGGAGUAUAGAUUCAAAACUAAAAAUUUCAAAGUCAGGAUUUCAAAUUCAGUAUAACGAAUACAAAUUCAGCUUCAGAAUCCAGAUUCAAAAUUCGAGUUCAGAAUUCAGAACUGGGGAGUCAGAAAUGAGAAUUAAGAAGUCAUAAUUCAGAUCUCAGAAUUCAUCCAAAUUUACAUCUUAGAAUUCACUUCUCAGAAUCCAGAACUCGGAAUUCAGAACUCGGAAUUCAGAACUCGGAAUUCAGAGCUCGGAAUUCAGAACUCGGAAUUCAGAACUUGGAAUUCAGAACCCGGAAUUCAGAAUUCGGAAUUCAGAACUCGGAAUUCAGAACUCGGAAUUCAGAACUCGGAAUUCAGAACUCGGAAUUCAGAACUCUGAAUUCAGAACUCGGAAUUCAGAACUCGGAAUUCAGGACUCGGAAUUCAGAACUCGGAAUUCAGAACUCGGAAUUUAGAACUCGGAAUUCAGAACUCGGAAUUCAGAACUCGGAAUUCAGAACUCGGAAUUCAGAACUCGGAAUUCAGAACUCUGAACUCUGAACUCAGAACUCUGAAUUCAGAACUCUGAAUUCAGAACUCAGAAUUAGGAACUCUUAUUCACAAUUCAGAAUUCUCAAUUCAGAACUCAUAAUCCAUAAUCCAAUGAUUAGAACUCAUAAUUCAGAUUAAGAAUUUGGAACGCAGAACUCAGAAGUGAGAACUCAGAAUUAGGAACGCAGAAUUCAGAACUUAAAAUUCAGAACUCAGUAUUCAAUUCUUAGAAUUCAUAAUUCAAAAUUCUGAACUAUGAGUUUUGAAUUAAGGAUUCAAACUCAAAGUUGAGAAAUCAAAAUGAUUCAAAACUUCGAGUUUAGAACUCAGAACUCAGCACUAAGAUUCAGUAAUUUAACUUCAAAACUCAUAAUGAGAACUAAGAAUUUGGAACUCUGAAUUUGGAACAUAAAAUGCUCUUAGAAUUUGGAUCUAAGCAUUCAGAACUUAGAGCUUAGAAAUCGGAAUUCAGAAAUCAGAAUUCAGAACUAAGAAGUCGAAACAUAAAAUUCAGAAUAAAAAAAUCUUGUUCUCGAAUCGCUGAAGUCAAGAAUUUAGAAGUCAGAACUCAAAAUUCUGAAAUUUGAAAUCAAAAACCCAGAACUAAAGCUCAGAAUUCUCACUAGAACUCAGAAAUCAGUGAUAAGAACCAGAACUCUUAAAUAUAAUUCAAAACUGCAAUUCAGAAAUCUAAAUGCAGAAUUCAAAACUAGAAUUAAAAACACAAAUUUCAAAGUUCAGAACUGACAAUUCGGAACUGAAAAUCGAGAACAAAGAUUUCUGAGCUCAGAGUUCAUAAAUCAGAAUUCAUGGUUGGGAAUUCAAAACUCAGAAGUCAGGUUUCGAAACUCAGAAUUCUGAGUUUAGAAUUCAGAACUUAGAACUUAGAACUCUAAACAUAGAAUUCAAAACUCCCAACAGAAUUUAUAACUAAGAAAACUCAGGGCUUAGAAUUCAGAACUCAGAACUAAAAAUUUUAACAAUCAGAACACAAAACUCAGAACUCGGAUCUCAAAACUCAAGACCCAAAAUCAAGAUUUAUAAAUUCAAAGUUCAGAAUUCAGAACUUGAAAUUCUGAAAUCAAAACUGAGAUUUUAGAACUCAUGACUUGGCAUUCGGAAAUCUAAUUUCAGAACUUAGUAUGUGGAUCUCAGAAUUAUCCCGAAGAACUCAGCCUUCAGAACUCACAAUUCAUAACUCAGAAUAGAUAAUUCGGAACUCAAACAUGGAAGUUAGGACUCAAAAUCCACGACUCAAUACUUUAAACAUAGCAUUCAGAAGACCAAAAUCAGAACCAGGAUCGAGAAUGCUGAACUAAGAAGGCUGAAUUUAGAAUUCAGAAUUCAGGUUCAGGAACUCAAAAUUUAAAUUUCUGAAUUUAGAACUGAACUGAAUUUAGAAAAAUGUCUUAAAUACUCAGAAAGCUAAACUCAGAUUUGAAAAUGCUGCUCAGAAUUCAAGUUUAUUUUUAAAGAAAAAUGAAUCCAGAUUCAGAUAUCAAUUUUCAAUUUAAAUUUAGUCUCAAAAGAUAAGUCAUCAAUACUAUCAAUCUAAAAAAAAUAAUCCUCACUGCCAUACAAGAAGUAUACGUUUUUUUCUGAAACAACAGUGCAGUAUUUCACUAAACCCAAAUGGAAAACGUAAUCGAAUGUUUAGCUUUUUAUAACCAUCGAACAUUUAAGCUUAUAAGAUUUUAACCUUUUUGUUUUUGACUCAAAUGAAAGACGGAAGACCCGAAAUGAUCUUUAGUUUAAAAAGCUCAAACCACAAAUGGCUUAGUUGCAAACUUUUUGUUUCCAUCUAUCGAAAACCCAACAAUGCAAACACAAUUCUUUUUGUACAAACUAAGCAGCUAAAAUUUAGGAAAGUUUUAAACAAGCGAAAAAAAACUAUUCUUCUGGGGGAAAAGCUUAAACCCCCGAACCACCAAUCAAAAACCUAUGUCCAGUUGCCUUAAUCAGCGAUAACCAGGUAGAAAGUGCAGAGGAAAAAAACACUAGCACUUUUUCAAAAACCCUGCUACCCUAAGGGUUGAAAAUCCCUGCUGUGUGUAUUAUUGUAAAGCAUUUUUUUUUAUACUUAGCUAGAACGUUUAGCUACUUCCGAGUCUGAUCGAUCCUGCCAUCAGCUGUCGGUUUUUAUUUCUGUUUUAUUAAGGACUUAAGCAAAUGCGAAACAAUCAGUCGAGAAAAAAACAACAACUGUAAAUACCGCAAAAAGUUUGUUUUGCAGUUUAUCGAAAACAACAAACUACUUAUUCCAAGUGAAGAAAAAAAAUUAAGGAAAAAAGCAAAUCUCAAUCAAGCUGAGCGCAAUCGUGUAAAUGAAUAACGCCUUUUAAUUUUUAAACAUUGUAUAAAAUUUAUACAGGUUAUAUAAUUUAUGUUAGGCUUUUAGUUUAUAUCUAAUUUUAAUUCCGUGUCCGUGUAGCUAGCCAUAGUUAGAAUGAAUCGAGAGAAAAACGGUGUAAUCGAAUCCGGUAGCUGAGAAAAGAAAAAAACGGUAUUUAUUCACACAAUAAUAAUAAAAAAAAGAACAAACAAAAAGCACAAUAGUUGAAUGUACACACUCAUAGACACACAUCUUAAAGUAUAACGCGAAUCAAUUCUGUAGGGCAGCAAAAAAUAUCAAAAAAACAAUCGAAUGCACACACACAAAAAUACAUAAAAACACACCAAUACGUUGAGAGAAGCCGAACAAACUUAACCCAGUUUUUCACUAUAGUAUAAACAAACAAAAAUACAAACAACAUCAACACAUGCGUUCGAACAAACCAAUAGGAACUACUCAAUAAUACAUAGGCGCAAACAGAAAAAAGAAAAAAAAAACAGUAAAAUCGUUAACACAAAAUAGUCGAAACUGACCCUUAAUCGGGUAGGUCUAAUUGUUUGCUGUUAAAUUUUUCGGAUCUAUAGGAACAAUUAGUAAUAGAAAACAAACAAAAAAAACCAACAGAUGCAACUACAAUCAUAUGAACGAGAGUAAAAUGUGCGCGCACUAUUCAAUGUUAAAAAAAAGUGAACACGAAUGACUGGUGUCGCCAUCUUCAUUUCGCCUGUACCGAUAUGCAUGGACGGAGAAAUCUAUAUAAAAAAAGUAAUUGAAAACAA